AUGACCAAUUCGAACAUUCGUUCCACGUGUGAUAUGAGAAACGCAUUCAGUCAAUAUAAUUCAUCGACAUCGCAGUCGCGAACAUUCUGCCCAAACCAGCCUCCGUAUGUGCAGUCAAUAGUGAACGAAGUAAGACCUGGCUGGCCGGUUCAUACGAUUCAACAAGGGCCAACCAACUCGCAACUGGCAGCGCGGCAAGUAUUGUCUCGGGAGUUACCGAUCUUCUCUGGUGAUCCAGAAGAUUGGCCCAUGUUUUACAGCUCCUUCAAAAAUACAACCGAAGUGUGUGGCUACAGCGAUGCAGAGAAUCUUGCCCGACUUCAACGGUGCUUACGAGGGCAUGCUCUGGAAACUGUGAAGAGUCGACUUCUUCUACCAGCUUCUGUUCCAAAUGUAAUGGAAACCCUGCACAAAUUGUACGGCCGUCCGGAAAUUUUAAUCAACUCGUUGUUGAAGAAGCUUAGAAGCGUUGCUCCGCCGAAGGCGGAAAGUCUCAGUACAAUAAUCACCUAUGGACUGGCAGUCCAGAAUUUAGUGGAUCACAUAAUAAUUGCUGGGCAGCAUGCACAUCUUUGGAAUCCUAUGUUACUUCAAGAGAUGGUGGAGAAACUACCCGCGUCCAUAAAAAUCCAGUGGGGUUGUUUCAAGCAGACACGAGAGAAUGUCAAUCUGGCGACGUUUAAUGAAUUUAUGGCAGGUCUAGUGAAUCUAGCGUCUGAUUUGACGCUGAACGUAGAAUAUACUCCGAUCGCAACGAAAUCAUCGAAAAUAGAGAAAGCGAAACAGAAAGAAAAGGAAAGCACGGUGACUAGUAAGCCAGAGGCAGAGGCUGACAAACAAGUAAUUGAAAUUCUCAAUCGAACCGUUAAACGAAAGGGAAAUUAUUUCGAAUCUGGAUUACUCUGGAAAUACGAGAACCCAGUGCUUCCCAACAGUUUACCGUUGGCGCAGAAAAGUUUGGCGAGUUUCGAAAAACGAUUGACACGGAAUCCGGUAUUGAGAGAUAUGGUGAAACAGCAGCUCGAGCAAUAUCAACAGAAAGGCUAUGCACACAAAGCAUCGAAAGGCGAAUUGGAGAAUACGGAUGAACGAAGAGUAUGGUAUCUACCAUUGGGAGUAGUCACGAACCCGAAUAAACCUAACAAGAUACGUCUAGUAUGGGAUGCUGCAGCGAGAGUGAAUGGAGUAUCGUUCAAUGAUAUGCUCUUAAAAGGGCCGGACCUACUAAAUUCUUUACCGGUAGUGUUGACCCGCUUCAGACAGAGAAAUAUCGCAGUGAGUGGGGACAUACGUGAGAUGUUCCACCAGAUACCAAUACGGGAGGAAGACAAACAGUCUCAGAGAUUCCUCUGGAGGGAUAAUCCGGUAGAUCCGGCGCAGAUAUUCAUUAUGGACGUUGCGACUUUCGGAGCGACCUGUUCUCCUUGUAUAGCACAAUUUGUAAAAACGAAAACGCGAGGCACCAACACAAUACAGGAGGCAAAUCAGCUGAUUCAAGAAGUGAAGAACAUUCACGCAGCAGCAGGGUUCGAAAUUGGCAAAUUCCUUUCCAAUUCGCCAGAAGUACUGAACGCAUUGAGUGAAUCGCAACGAGGUUCGAGCAAAUGUAUGAACCUGGAUAAGCAGGCGGACACAGAGCGGGUUCUUGGACUAACGUGGGUGCCAUCUUCAGACGUAUUUACAUACGACGCAGCAACAAAAUCGCAUAUCAGAAAGUUAAUUGAGAACCGAAGUAUUCCUACGAAGAGACAAGUGUUGCGGACUGUUAUGACGCUUUUUGAUCCUCUUGGAUUCAUUGCACAUUUCGUCGUCAACGGGAAGGUGCUCAUGCAGGAUAUAUGGAGAUCUGGGACCGAUUGGGAUGUACCAAUAGACGACCGACUGCAAGACCGAUGGCUUCGCUGGAGUGAACUCAUAGAGCAUCUUGAGGAUGUUGAAGUGCCUCGAUGCUUCUUCCAGAAGACAAACUUUCGCACUACGGAUAAUAUACAGCUUCAUAUCUUCGUUGACGAGAGUGAAAUCGCGUACGCAUGUGUCGGAUAUCUCCGAUUUGACGAUAAGGGUCAGGUGGCAUUGUACAUUGGUUGCUGCGAAAACAAAAGUCGCACCAUCGAUUCCGCGUUUGGAACUCCAAGCGGCCAUGAUUGGGGCAAGAGAUCCCUCAACAGACGACCCAAGCUGCGUCGAAAGAACCAGCUAAAUAAAAGUAAAAACUAUCAAUGGUUGCGCUCGGAUAGUCGCAAGUAUCAUCCGUUUGUCGCGUUCCGAAUCGGCGAGAUACUCUCUAUAACCAGCAUUGAUGAGUGGCGACACGUACCAUCAAAAAUAAAUGUGGCAGAUGAUGCGACGAAAUGGGGAGACGGUCCUAGUUUUAAACCCGAGGACCGUUGGUUUUCCGGGCCAGAUUUCUUAUUCGAGCCAGAAUACCGUUGGCCGUCUAAUGUGAAAGAAAGUUCCACUACAAAUGAAGAGUUACGGGCAGUAUAUGUACAUCACAACAAAUUCUCUUCGCCGCUAAUAGAUGUAUCCCGUUUCUCAAAUUGGAACCGUAUGCUGCGAGCGACAGCAUAUGUGCAUCGUGCCGUGAAUAUUAUGCUGAAGCGUGUCUCAAAGGAUGAAAACUCUACUUUACUGAGCGGAGAUUUGCAACGAGCCGAAGUGACACUAUGGCGACAAGUACAGACGCAAGUGUAUAGCGACGAAGUAGUAGAACUAAAUGUUGGAGCCAACCAUACAGUAAAUAAAUCCAGUCCGUUAUACAAGCUGUCGCCGUUUCUGGAUGAACUGGGUAUUAUCAAGAUGGGUAGCCGAAUCGGGGCGGCUCCUGAAGCCCCGUAUGCAGCUAAAUACCCUAUCAUAUUACCUAAAGAUCAUCUAAUCACGUUCCUCCUUACGGACAGUUUUCACCGACGAUUUCUUCACGCGAACGGUGAAACCGUGUUCAACGAAAUGAGGCAACUAUUUUACAUUUCAAAUCUUCGCUCGCUUAUCCGGCAGGUUACCAAAGAAUGUCAACUCUGCAAGGUGAAGAAGGCGCAACCUGCCCCCGAUGAUGACCCCGCACCCGAAAAUUCGUCUGACUCCAUUUAUUAG